GCGCUGCCCCCUCGCCCGCUGUGUGCCCCGGGGGCGCGGCCAUGGAGGUGGUGGGCGACUUCGAGUACAGCAAGAGGGACCUCGUGGGACACGGGGCCUUCGCCGUGGUCUUCCGGGGGCGGCACCGCCAGAAAACUGAUUGGGAGGUAGCUAUUAAAAGUAUUAAUAAAAAGAACUUGUCAAAAUCACAACUACUACUUGGGAAGGAAAUUAAAAUCUUAAAGGAACUGCAGCACGAAAAUAUUGUAGCUCUCUAUGAUGUUCAGGAAUUACCCAACUCUGUCUUCCUGGUGAUGGAGUAUUGCAAUGGUGGAGACUUGGCAGAUUAUUUGCAAGCUAAAGGAACUCUGAGUGAAGAUACUAUCAGAGUGUUUCUGCAUCAGAUUGCAGCUGCCAUGCGAAUUCUGCACAGCAAAGGAAUAAUCCAUAGGGAUCUGAAACCACAGAACAUCUUGCUGUCUUAUGCCAAUCGCAGAAAGUCAAGUGUCAGUGGUAUUCGCAUCAAAAUAGCGGAUUUUGGUUUUGCUCGUUACCUACAUAGUAACAUGAUGGCUGCAACUCUGUGUGGGUCCCCAAUGUACAUGGCUCCUGAGGUUAUUAUGUCUCAACAUUAUGAUGCUAAGGCAGACUUGUGGAGCAUAGGAACAGUGAUAUAUCAGUGCCUAGUUGGAAAACCACCUUUUCAGGCCAGUAGCCCUCAAGACCUAAGGAUGUUUUAUGAAAAAAACAGGAGCUUAAUGCCUAGCAUUCCCAGGGAAACAUCACCUUAUUUGGCUAAUCUCCUUUUGGGUUUGCUUCAGAGAAACCAAAAAGAUAGAAUGGACUUUGAAGCAUUUUUUAGCCAUCCUUUUCUUGAGCAAGUUCCAGUAAAAAAAUCCUGCCCAGUCCCAGUGCCUGUGUAUGCUGGCUCUGUCUCUGGAGGCUCCUGUGGCAGCUCUCCAUCGUGUCGUUUUGCCUCUCCACCGUCCCUUCCAGAUAUGCAGCACAUUCAGGAAGAAAACUUAUCCUCCCCACCGUUGGGUCCUCCCAACUAUCUACAAGUGUCCAAAGAUUCUGCCAGUACUAGUAGCAAGAACUCUUCUUGUGACACGGAUGACUUUGUUUUGGUUCCACACAACAUCUCGUCAGACCACUCAUAUGAUAUGCCAGUGGGAACUGUUGGCAGACGUGCUUCAAAUGAGUUCUUGGUGUGUGGAGGGCAGUGUCAGCCUACUGUGUCACCUCACAGUGAAGCAGCACCAAUUCCAGUUCCUACUCAGAUAAGGAAUUAUCAGCGCAUCGAGCAGAAUCUUACAUCUGCUGCCAGCUCUGGCACAAAUCUGCAUGGUUCUCCAAGAUCUACGGUGGUACGAAGGUCUAACACCAGCCCAAUGGGCUUCCUCCGGCUGGGAUCCUGCUCCCCGGCACCGGCAGACACAGUACAGACAGUUGGACGAAGACUCUCUACUGGGUCUUCCAGGCCUUACUCACCAUCCCCUUUGGUUGGUACCAUUCCUGAGCAGUUGAGUCAGUGUUGCUGUGGGCAUCCUCAGGGCCAUGAAUCCAGGAGUAGAAACUCGUCAGGUUCUCCAGUGCCACAGGCUCAGUCCCCACAGCCUCUCCUGUUGGGUGCUAGACUACAGAGCGCCCCCACCCUCACUGACAUCUACCAGAACAAGCAGAAGCUUAGAAAGCAGCACUCUGACCCCGUGUGCCCGUCCCAUGCCGGGGCUGGGUACAGCUACUCACCUCAGCCCAGUCGGCCUGGCAGCCUUGGGACCUCUCCCACCAAGCACAUGGGGUCCUCUCCGCGGAGUUCUGACUGGUUCUUUAAAACUCCAUUACCAACAAUUAUUGGCUCUCCUACUAAGACCACGGCUCCUUUCAAAAUCCCUAAAACGCAAGCAUCUUCCAACCUGCUAGCCUUGGUUACUCGUCAUGGGCCUUCUGAAGAGCAAUCUAAAGAUGAGAAUGACCCGCGGGAAUGCUCUCAUUGUCUCUUAGUGCAAGGAAGUGAGAGGCAGAAGCCUGAGCAGCAGAACAAGGCAGUGUUUGGCAGAUCUGUCAGUACUGGGAAAUUAUCAGAUCAACAAGUAAAGACGCCUUUAGGUGGACAUCAAGGGAGCACGGAUAGUUUAAAUACAGAACGACCAAUGGAUAUAGCCCCUGCAGGAGCCUGUGGUGUUGUACUGGCACCUCCUGUAGGAACAGCAGCAAGUUCCAGGGCUGUCCUCUUCACUGUAGGAUCUCCUCCACACAGUGCCACUGCCCCCACUUGUACCCACAUGGUCCUUCGAACUAGAACAACGUCAGUGGGCUCCAGCAGCUCCGGAGGUUCCCUGUGCUCUGCAAGUGGCCGUGUGUGUGUGGGUUCCCCGCCUGGGCCAUGCCCAGGGUCUUCCCCUCCAGGAGCAGAGAUAGCUCCCAGCCUGAGAUACAUGCCUUAUGGUGCUUCACCCCCUAGCCUAGAGGGGCUCAUCACCUUUGAAGCCCCGGAACUGCCAGAGGAGACACUGAUGGAGCGAGAACACACAGACACCUUACGCCACCUGAAUGUGAUGUUGAUGUUCACUGAGUGUGUGCUGGACCUGACAGCUGUGCGGGGAGGGAACCCAGAGCUGUGCACAUCCGCUGUCUCCUUGUACCAGAUUCAGGAGAGUGUGGUUGUGGACCAGAUCAGCCAACUGAGCAAAGACUGGGGGCGAGUGGAGCAGCUGGUGUUAUACAUGAAAGCAGCACAGCUGCUGGCAGCAUCUCUGCAUCUCGCCAAAGCCCAGAUCAAGUCCGGGAAACUGAGCCCAUCCACAGCUGUGAAACAAGUUGUCAAAAAUCUGAAUGAACGAUAUAAAUUCUGCAUCACCAUGUGCAAGAAGCUUACAGAAAAGCUGAAUCGUUUCUUCUCUGACAAACAGAGAUUUAUUGAUGAAAUCAACAGCGUGACUGCAGAGAAACUCAUCUAUAAUUGUGCUGUAGAAAUGGUUCAGUCUGCAGCCCUGGAUGAGAUGUUUCAGCAGACUGAAGAUAUUGUUUAUCGCUACCAUAAAGCAGCCCUUCUUUUGGAAGGCCUAACUAAGAUUCUCCAGGACCCUGCAGAUAUUGAAAAUGUACAUAAAUAUAAAUCUAGUAUUGAAAGAAGAUUGUCGGCACUCUGCUAUAGCGCCUCGGCCAUGUGAGCGGCAGCAGGCUUGUCCGCAGACCAGUGGUGGGAUGUGAAGGGAUGCGUCUGCGAGUAUAGCUUGGAUUCGGUUGCCCCAUCCCCAGGAAACUGUAGUUUCUUACCUGGUGAUUACCAAAGAGCAAGCAGUCAUUUCAAAAAGGAAAAACAAUUCAAAAACUACAUAUUUGUAGGAAAUCUGCCUUAUCAGAGAUGCUACCCCUUCCCUUUCUUUGUAGCGGCAGAAGCAAGAGUAUUCCACUUGGCUCUCACUUUGAACUUGGUAAAUAAAUGUACGUUAGAACUAGAAUUAUCAGUACAGUUAUGCUUAAGGAUAAUUAAGAAUGAAACAAAGUGAGUGGCUCUUCACUCAGUUCACCAGAGCAAUGUGUGAAAUUCCACAUGUUUACUGAGGGAUAAAAGUGAAAAAACCUACAUCUCAUCCAGGCAGUUUGAUACGUGGGUAAGUUUGUCUAAAUCUGAGCACGCGUCCUUAACCAGCUCAGGAAGAGAUAGCUUAAGAAGCAGCGAAAGAUGGCUCUUGGAAGAAAUUGUGAAAUCUUCAAUUUGAUCUAAUAUGGACACACGUUAAUCUUCCAGAAUCUUUCAUAUUGCACUAAUUUAUUAAAACAACUGUGUAUUGGAUUUUACAGUUUGAAACUAACUGAGGCACAAUAGACUUGUUUAAAAUAUUUUACUUGGUUAUAUACACAUCCCCUUUCCAGAAUUCACAUGUAAUCUGUAUGGACUUUUCUCUGGUAAAAGCUUGUGUUCAUGUGAACCUUCGAAUUUUUUUGACCUAUUCAUCUACACCUGCAAAUCUGCUAAGUGAUGUUUUUGAGUUGCUGGUGGUUUGCUUUUGGUUGCAUUUUUUGUGCAUGUAGAAUGUGCAUUGAUGCUGUGACCUCUAGGUUUAUUUGGGCAGUAGUAGAAAAAAUACCAAUCAAGAGAGUCUCUCAAGAAUUGUAUAGGGCCAAAACAAAGCUGGUGAUCUAAAAGGCUUGUUGGUGAUGUGAAGUUUCUACAUGAGGUUAGUGAAAAAUCAAGUUUGUUUUCUCUUAGGAAAGCGGGCAGCUCUCUUCAGCCUACUGUGUAUUUUUUAGGUUGAUCCUGACAGUUCACCCAAUAGCUAGUCAUGGAGAAUGCAGGCAGUUAACACCCCUCCAGGAAUGGUUCCUCCAUUGUAUAUUGUUUGAUUUUUUUUUUUUUUUUUUUUUACUUAUCUGCUUGAAUACUUGAAUAAACCAUUCUCCAGUUUUAAUCUUUUUAUUUUAAUCCUUUUAGGUAAUAUAAUCUGAACUCUGACAAAUUGCACAGAAGCUCUUUGGCAUUAAUCUAAUUUUAGUGUACUGAUUAAAACAAACAAAAACAUGGUUUUCCUUUACUUUGACGAAGUAAUGUAAUUUUUACCUUAUUUAUCUCUAUGAAAUUCCAGCAAUUAAUUUGAACAUUUAUUUAUAUGAUGUUUGUAUUUUUAGGUCUUUAAUACAGUGUUUCUACCUCUCAUUUGUAACUGCAUGCAUUAUUCUUGAAACUAGGUAAAACUCACUGAAUUGUUGUGUAAUAACCUUUUUAUUAUUGCCUGUACAGAUAUAUAUUAAGGUAAAAUAAAACUGACAAAGUGUUUCUAGGGUAAUACUGGGUCCGUAUUACGUGGCUUAUUAGGCCAGGUCCUUCCUCAGUGAGUUUGGAGGCUUGGUCAUUAAUAUUCUUUGUCCUGCUCCAGAUUUCAGGUUCUCGGUGACUGUCACACAGGCUGCCAGGAAUGUAGACUAGUGAGGGUUCCUGCCCCUCCCUCAGAGUUCGAAGCACUGUUGUUAGUGAUACUCUAUUUUGUAUAGUUUUUUUUUUGAGUCUACAGGGCAAUUUUCUUUAUUUUCUCUCAGAUAUCACCCAUGUUAUCUCAAUGGAUCCUUUAAGUGGGUGGGUUGAUUCUGACCCUUCCUCCCCUUCCAUUUUUUUUUAAACACAGGAUGAAACAGGUUCAUAGAGAGUAAGUGAUUGGUCUGAAGUCAGGUAACUGGGGAAGUGGUUAAGCCAUGCUUUGUGACUUCCAAGUUCAUUCUUCCUCUUGUGUAAUAAAGGUCUGUGGUAGAUAGUGUGUGUGAAACCGAGAAGUCUGAACAGCAGAGGAGAACAAACUGUAAAUUCAUGAAUAAUGAUUCUGAUUAUACUUCCGUUAUCAAGGCCAAUUGUUUUAAGAGAUUUUGCCUUGAUUAUAGCAAUAAUAAACAAACGCUUUAUGUUUC